CUCGUACUUAUGCUCUUACCCAUCUACCGGUAGUUUUCCUUGUUCCUCGACACUUACUGACCGGGUGUGGUGCGCCCCUAUCUCACCGUACUUUCACUUCUCUUCGACCUUCUUAAUUAUUCCCUUCAACUUGUCCUAUUCUGCCGCCGUCUUGGUCGAGCACGGUACGCCCGACGUUCCUUGUUUCGGAAUUGGUUUUGUCGACGAGGCAAAGGGGGAAAAGUCUAUUCUUUUUAUAUCCCUCUUGAUUCUGAAACUCGCCAGGGCUUUGGCCAAUUCUUCCAUUCCGCUGGAUACGGACUGGACGUCUUGGAUCUAUUGAUACUGUACAAGUACAGUACUCGUACAAUACGCUUUUGCUAUUCUAAUACCAGUGCUCUACAUGACACUGUGAGGGAAGAACCGGGACGAGGGGACUAUUUCCCAUUCGCAGGAGCUUCUUGUCAUACAUGUUUCUGCUGCGCACACCCGUCCGAUAGACCAGCUUUUAUCCGCGGCUCUCCGUUCCCCUGUCCGACCGCUUGAACCGCAACCCCUCCGUCGUGAGCCUUUCCCUCUUUCCCCACCCCAACAGUCGUCCCGUGAGAGGGAGAUAGACGAGGUUUAAUGUCACUAUCUCUGGGUUUGUUUUCGCGCCGAAAAAACUCUGAGGAUAAGGCCUCGAAAGCGGCGCUAUGCUCAUCACAUGUGAGCACGUUCGCCUCAUCGCCCCCCUCAAAUAUCACUACUUCCUCCACACACGACGGAUACCAACCUCUUCCGCUGCCCCCGCACUCUGCUCCACCGACGCAUUCGAGAAAGCCAAAGCUCCUCACCAAGGCUCAUCCCAUUAGGGUGCCUGGGCACGCGGCCGAUAGCGGGGGGAUUGCCUUCGCGCCGCAUCUCACGAGAGCAAGGACAACAAACUUCAACUCACUGACGCCGACCCCGCAGCAGCAGCAGCGCCGCUAUCACCAGAAGCAAUCGUCUAUAUCGGGCUUAAUCAGGUCCAAUAGCGACGCUAGCGGGUCGCGGCGGGUACGGUCGUUGGAUCAGCGGGCACCGCAGCUAGGUUCUCGUGUGGAAGGGUUCGUGAAUAUCGAUUCUUCAAACUUUCCACAUCCACCUUCCCCGGAUUUACCCCAGUGCAUUCCGUUGCCCGACUCACCGGCGGCGUUUCAGAACCGCUGUGGCUCUGGUUCCCGUCCUAGUUCUUCGACCCCUAGACUUCCCUUAGCGGCUACUAGGGUGGAUUGUAGGAGCCAUUCGAAUCAUGGGUUUUAUAAUCCUAUAAGCGAAUAUCCAAUUAGUCCCCCCUUAUCACCCGAAAGUCCGCUGAGGGCGCGGGCCGGUAGGUUUAACGAAAAUAUACACAAGUCGGAAGAGGAACUGGUCAUGGAGAUUGCCAGGUUGAAGGAGGUGAUUACCACGAGAGACCACGUGAUUGCUCGCUACGCUGCCAAUUUAAACCCCGGUGAGAUUAAUGAUGUCUCCUCUGGGACGAAGGGGUCUGAGGGUCAAUACGCAAAUCAAAUACUGUCCCACCGAAUUCACGACCUGGAGAUGGCAAAUUUGGAGAAGAAUGAUGAAAUCGCUCGGGCAGCGCGAGAGAUGAAUAGUCUACGAGAAGCCCACGCUCUUGAGGUGCAGAUGUUGCGAAACGCUGCCAAGCGGUUGGAAGCUCCUGAUGGGGUUGGACUGGAAGACUUGGAAGACUUGGAUCGCUAUCGCCGCCGGGAAUUCAAAUUGAUGGAUGUUGUGAAUGGAAAAGAGAAGGAGCUUGAGCUGCUUCGGUCUAAUGCUAAUACCCUCAAAGAUCAAGUUUCCGUUUUGGAGAAAUCUGCCGCUGAGAGGGAUCGUGAACUUGAGAGCGCCCGACGACAGAUUCAGGUCAUGAAUGAGGAUCGGAUUUUAAUUGGCGGAAAGCCGGCAUUAGUGGCUAUUUCUGAGAUGGGGCUUGCAGAUAUUGGCAGAAGAUUGAUGGAUGAGAUUAAGAGGAGAGAAAGAGCUGAGAGAAAACUGGCCGAGUCAGCAAUGAAAUCUCGGUCGGAUCACGACGCUGUCCUACUAGGAGACCGGAAGAGGGAGGAGACCCGCACGAAUGCUUGGAGGGAAAUGGAGCAUAAACUAACGCAGGAGGAGCUUAAGAGUCAUGAAACUCGAAGAAAAGCAAAGGAAAACAUCGAUUACGUGCUUGCUGAAGAGGAAAAGCGACGAGCAGAACUCGGCCGGCAGUUUAACGAAAGGCUUGAGACGCUGAGACAAGAGAAGGAAGUAUUCGAGGGCCGGAUAACGAAUAUGGAGGUGGAGCUUGAACAAGCCAAACAAUCCGUCACUACGCAACGAGAAGGAAAUGAAUCGCUCGUUCAAAUGAUCACAAAAAUCAAUACCCGACUAGGUGAAGAAAAGAAGAGGAACAAGCAGCUGGAGGCCAAGAUUGACCAGAUUACAGAAGACGCACUGAACAACGUUUCUGGAUCGAAGCGUGCAUGUCAGGAUUUGAAGAAUGUGGUCGAAGACCGUGAUACCCGCAUAGCAUACUUGGAAUCUGAGGUCACAGUCUUGAAGCGGGAGAAGUCGGCACUCGAGGAAGCAUGGCACUUGGUGGAGUCGGAGCUGGAGCGCCACUCGGCCACAUUAGCGAAGCGUGACGAGCGUAUCAAGGACCUCGAAACCGAGAACGUCAAUAUUCUCGAUCGCCUAGAGGAGUGCCAGCACGAUCUCGAAGAAGCGCGCAAGAACUCACCCGACCGGCCAGUCCUCGGUGACUCGGACAGCGUGACCAAGCGAGAACUCGACAAUCUACAACAAGACCUAGAGCUCUAUAAGCAGGACGUCAAAGCCUAUAGACACGACGUUAAAAAGCGCGACGCUCAAAUCCGCGGCCUAAACCGCACAGUGGCGGACCUCGAAAGUCUCCUUGACCGCAAACCCCCACCUUUAUCUCCGUUCCCGCCACCCCCUCCAGCAGUCUCGACCCCCACAUCCCGCCCCUCAACCCCAACCACCGCAAACCUGCUAGAAGAGAUCGCCACACUAAAGGACAAGCUCCGCAUCUACGACCAGGAGUAUCGAGGCACGUACGAAGACCGCGAAUCCUUGCGUAAAAAGCACGCCACCGUGACAGCCCAACAAAACAUGAUAAUCACAGAUCUCGACUCCACGAUCCUGAGGCUGCGAAAGGAAAAGGAGUCCACGGAGAAGGCGAUGAAGAGAAUGCAAGCCAACUUCUUACAGCUAUCCCAAGCUGCCACGGUCGGCACUUUGGCCGUCAUCAAGAAAUACCAGGAGGUCCCACUACCACCGUUACCGGCUGGCUCUCCGUCAGCCCCUGGAUCCCCGAUUGUACCUAGUUCACCGGUCCGGCGCGGUUCACGAAGGAAGGAUAAGAGGCGGAGUGCUAGCACCGGAAGUCCGGUUAUUGGAAGCAUGAGCGGGGGUGAGGAGAAGGAGAAGGAGAAGGAACAGGAGCGUAGGGAUAGGGCUUUGAGUGUGGUUAAUGAGCCAGAUGGAGCACUGGGGGAAGAGGAGGUUAUUGAGUGGUAACUUCUUUUCUUACAGGUAUUGUUACUUGUCUUUUUUACUUUUAUCAGCCUAGAGGUGAUACAGUAUAUAUAUAUUUAGUAGUAUCGAUAUCCGGGAAAGGAGUAUAUAGUCCGGAUUUAAUCGUCCUAAUGGUUUUUAUUUUUUUAUUUUUUUAUUUUUUA